UUCAACAAGAAAAUGCCUCGCUCCUUUUUGGUGAAGCAGCCGAAGGUCCACGAUGUCUCAUCCUCCAACUACUACCAUCAGCACCAGCAGCACUGGGACAGCUCUUUUUCUGUGACACAUGCCAUCACUGAGUCAGCCACCAACUUGGCGGUGCGUUUGACUGAAAAUGGCUACAUCCAUGAUUACAUCAUCCCCUCCAUGUUGCAGAGCACAAAAGAGCCAGGUCGGGAGCUGACCGGGUUCUCCUCAGGGCCCCUGUACUCCCCAGGUGGCAGCAGUGGGGAAGAGUUCUCCGACCAUGACAUGGAGCACCCGGACAGCCCCGUCUCCACUGCCACAGUGGAGUCAGACAGUAGCGGCCCUGAGUUGGAGGCGUGCACCAUCAAUGACCUCCUCAUCUCUGACGGCCGCUCCCGCCGGAGACCCAGCCGGCGGUGUCCACGCAAGGGAGGCAGACAGUCAGACAGUAGCAAGGAGACUGGGUCAGCAGACUGCAGCCCUGCCAAAGGGAAAGCCAAAGGGCACUACAUGUGCUGUGAGUGUGGCAAGUCUUAUGCCACGUCCUCCAAUCUGAGCAGACACAAGCAGACUCACCGCAGUCUGGACAGCCAACAGGCCAGGAAGUGUCCCACAUGCCACAAGGUGUACGUGUCCAUGCCGGCGCUGGCCAUGCACAUGCUGACCCACGACCUGAAGCAUGAGUGCACUAUGUGCAGCAAAGCCUUCAGUCGGCCCUGGCUGCUACAGGGCCACAUGAGGUCCCACACAGGAGAGAAACCGUUCGCCUGUGCCCACUGUGGCAAAGCCUUUGCCGAUCGCUCCAACCUGCGCGCCCACAUGCAGACACACUCGGCCUUCAAGCACUACUCCUGCAAGCGCUGUCACAAAAGCUUUGCACUAAAGUCCUACCUGAAUAAGCACUACGAGUCAGCCUGCUUCAAAGAGCACCAGGCAGAGGAUGACGGCAGCGCUGACGACUGAUCUUCAAUAUUCCUCUUUUUCAUUUCUCCUCCCGCAAUUUUUUUAUAAUUCAGAGAAAAGUUGCAGCUUCUCAGGCUUGUCACAUGCAUGCAUCAUAAUCCUGCCCUUUGAUAUGAGCAGUAACCUCAUUUUAAACAAUUCAGGAAGUGUGUAUGAAAUUCCUAAAAAUCUCAGUGUUGAUCAGAAAUGUUAUAUAUUUAUAUUGUUUUUUAUGAAUUAAAUUGCAAUAAUUUACA